AUGGUCGAUUUAUACAAAGAAAUAGAUUUUUCUUAAGAAUUAAAGGAUACCCCAGAAUUAGAACCUUUCUUAAAAGCAAAAGCAAAAGAAGAAUAGGAAGAAUUGAGCUCAGAUUAUAUUCAAAAGCCAUUCUUAGAUAGAUCAUAUCAUGAGUUUAUUAUUGUUACUGGUUUACCCAAUACUGAAGCAGCAAAAACUGAACAAUUUAAAACUUUCUUCUAAAAUAAAAUUCUUUAACCAACUGCUCUUCUUGAAAAGAUUAAAGUUAUCGAAUUCUAACUUGACAACGAUGGAAACUUUUAAGGUAUCUGCAUUCUCGCUUUCGAUAACGCUACUAAUGCUUAAGAAGGUUUAAAUAAAUUGAACGGUCUUAAAUUCAUGAAAUAUUAAUUGAGCGCUUAUUCUUUGUAUAGUUUCUAACAAGCUCUUGACUGUCCUGAUGAAUUCACAGCUCCUGUUAAUUUGACCAAAAGAGAACUUUUAGAGUGGAACUUUGAAAACAGAAAAAGUUUAAUGUCAUUAUAAAUCGGUAACAAGGUCUAUAAUUACUGGGUUUCCCAUCUAGAAAACGAACUUUAAAACAUUUUAAUGAAGCCUGUUGAAGAAGGUUAAGCUCCAGUCAAUCCUGAAAAUUUGUACACACCCCUUGAAAGCUCUACUAAUGAAAUCGUUUGGAGCAAGAAUGGUACUUACAUGGUUGAAAUUUUACCUACUGGUUUCAGAUUAUAUGGUGGAAAAGAUUUGAAAAAGCUUUCUUUCUUCCCUCACCCUGAAGUUAAAAAUAUCGAAUUCUCUCCUUGCGAAAACUAUAUUCUUUCUUAUAACGGAACUAUUGUCGAUGCUCCUAAUGAAGAUAAUUUCAUCGUAUGGUAACUUAACGAAGUUAAGGUACUCAGAGUUUUCAAAGCUAAACAACAAGAUGUUUGGACUACUAUGAAAUGGAGUUACGAUGGUAAAUAUAUUGGUAAAAUCGAUGAUCACAAGGUCUCCGUUUACGAACUCCCUGAAAUGAAAAUGCUUGAAGAUAGUUCAAAAAAUCCUACAUCAAUAAAUAUUAGAAAUGUACAGAAAUUUUUCUGGUCUAGCAAGUAAAAUAUUCUUAUUGGCUGUUCUUACUAUGGUCCUCAUCGUGAACACGAUAAGCAAGUCUCAACUAGAAUUUCAAUGUUUGAAAUUCCUAGUAGAAGAGAAUUCAAGUGGAGAACAAUUAGCAACGAAAGUUCUGAUAUUGAUAUUUUCCCAAGUGUCAAUGGUCAAUACGUUAUUGCCAUCAUUAAAAAGAUUAAGAAUAAAAAAUCUAAUUAAUAGUCCUCUUCCCAUACUAUAUAAGUUGCCAAUAUUCGUAACAAAGGUUAAAUGGAUAUCUGUGAACAAGAAAUUAAUGAAAAGGUUCACACUUACUCUGUCGAUCCUUACUAAGGUCGUAUUGGUUUAAUUUACAAGGCUGGCGAAUUAAGAGGAGAAUAAAAGUCUAUGAUUUAUCACACUUAAAUUUACCAUAUUGAAGAAGAAAGCAAGAGUUAUACCAUUAAAGAUGCUGGUAGAUUUAGCAAUAAAAAUACAAACGAAAUCUAGUUCUCUAACAGCAGUGGAUUCUUUGUUUUGAUUAAUAAGGAUAUUAAUUCUUCCUAUUGUGGUUAUAUGGAAACUGGUUUCACUCGUAAGGAUAAGGGCAAAUUAAUUAGUGAAAUUACCAGAUCUUACAAUAACUUAUCAUAUAUUGAUAGUGCUGCUUACGAUCAAUCAGGACGUUACAUAUUUACUAGCUCUCAAAAAACAAAAUCAUUCCAAAUUUGGACUGCUUUUGGUGAUUAAAUUUUCAAGGAUACUAUAACUGACCCUGCUGGUAUUAAAAAUAUAAUUUGGAGACCUAGACUUACUCAUUUACUUGACGAAAAGUAGGAAUCAUUAAUCCAAACCACUUACAAGGAUUACAAAAAAACCUACGAAGAAGAAGACGAUAAGAUUAUCAAUAAGAAAGAACAUGAAAGAAGAGAAAAAAGAGACAAAUUAAAAUAAGAAUUCUUAGAAUAUUUAAAUGCCAAGAGAAAAGAAUGGAAAGAUACUAAACAAGAAAGAGUUGCUCUUUUAGGUUUUGAUGAAGAAGAUGAGACUGAUAUUGUUUAUGAUGAAUUCAUUGAAAACGAAAGAGUUGUACAAACUGAAAUCAUUGAUGAAGAAGAAAUCGAAGAUCCUAACAACUGA